UGUAUACUAUCUCUACAUAGUCCUUUAUAUAUGUGUAUAAUUAAUUUAAGCCUAAACAACGUGUUAUGUAACUUAAGUUACUAAAAAAAUUGUUAAAUUUGAUUCUGAUAAGGUACCACAACAAAAUAUAAUGGUAGCAACUACGUCAUAUUUCUUGGAUAUAUGUAAGAAGUUUAGGAAUACUAUUAAUUUUUCUCAUGAGAUAGAGUCACAAAAAGUCCAUGUGUACACUUGUCUAUCCUCGCGGUUAGAGGAGCUAGUAAACCAUACUUUGGUCUUUAAUGUGGAGGAAACUUUGCUAAAAUCUUCUUCAUGGUUCCCUUUCUUCAUGUUGGUGGCAUUUGAAGGCGGUGGUCUUUUACGUGCUUUUUUAUUGCUCAUUUUGUACCCUUUAAUUUGCUUGGUAGACGAAGAAUGGAAGCUAAACAUAAUGGUUUUCGUGUGUUUUGUUGGGGUUAAAAGGAGUGCCCUAAAAUCAGUAGGAAGAACAGUCUUGCCAAAAUUCUUCUUGGAAGAUGUGGGAUAUCAAGGGUUCGAGUUGCUCACGAGGUUUCGAAAAAGGGUGGGAGUAACUAAUUUUCCUAGGGUUAUGGUUGAGGCGUUCUUGCAAGAAUAUUUGGGAAUUAAUACAAUAGUUGGAAGGGAGAUUAAGGUAUAUAGAGGGUACUAUUUAGGUUUGAUGGAAAGAAAAAAGGAUGAAAUUAAGGAAAUUACAAGUCUAGUUUGCAAGGGGGAAAACGUUAUUGUUAUUUCAGGGUGUGAGAAAACAUUAAAAGAUCAACAACUCAUUACAAAUUGCAAGGGUUUCUACUUGGUGAGAAAAGUUGAUAAGGAAAAUUGGAAUUAUCUUCCAAGGGACAAAUACCCUAAACCCUUGAUAUUCCACGAUGGAAGGUUAGCAUUUUUUCCAACCCCUAUGGCUUCAUUGACCAUGCUCAUAUGGCUACCCUUCGGCGUGAUCCUAUGCAUAACAAGAAUCAUAACCUCAAUUUUCUUACCUUUCAAAAUCUCCCUUCCAAUACUAGCCUUCCUUGGAACAAGUGGUUUAACGUCAAAAAAUUGUUCCAAUUCACAAACAAUAUUAAAUAGCUCAACCAACCAAAAUAGAAAUUCCAAGGGCAAAAUUUACGUGUGUAACCACAAAACGUUACUUGAUCCUAUCUACAUAUCAUACGCUUGUAAAGUCCCUCUAACUGCGCUAGCCUAUAGCAUUAGCAAAUUAAGCCAAGUUCUCACCCCAAUAAAAACCGUUAUCCUAACAAGGGACAAGGAGAAAGACGCGAAAGUCAUGCAAAAAAUGUUAAGCAAAGGCAGUGUUGUGGUUUGCCCUGAAGGAACUACGUGUAGAGAGCGUUACUUGCUAAGGUUUAGUCCCUUAUUCGCGGAGAUGACUGAUGACAUUGUUCCGGUGGCCUUAGAGGUUAAAGUUAACAUGUUUUAUGGUACAACGGCGAGUGGAAUCAAAGCAUUAGAUCCAAUAUUUUUCCUUUUGAAUCCAUAUCCUUAUUACUAUGUUAACAUACUUGAAAAUGUACCUAAAUCUCAUACUUGUGGAAGUGGUGGUUGGUCCAAUAUUGAUGUUGCUAAUUAUGUGCAAGCUGAAAUUGCUAAGUCAUUAGGAUAUACAUGCACAUUAUUAACUAGGAAAGACAAGUAUAUGAUGUUGGCUGGUAACACUGGUGAUUGAAGAUAUUAUUUUGAAUGUUGUAAUAUAUUGGAAUACUGAUUAAUUGUAAUUAGAUUCGAAUAUGAAUAAUGUUGCAAUAUAUUAGAAUACUGAUGAAUAAUUGUAAUUAAAUUUUCUUGUGAACAAAUAAUGUAAUUCCUCUGUUUAUUGAUGUA